GAUGUUUGUAGCAUGGAAGGAUGGUUACAGCAUAACACCGCUUCACACGGAAGGUAACAAUCGACCAACAUCGGCCAAUCCGGUUGUGAUCGUGCUCAAGAAAAAAAAUUAUGAGAUAAUAAACAACGUUUAAACUAUACAAUUUCCACUUCGCAGAAGCCUGUUGAUCAACUGACACGUGCAUGCUGGUACCGGUAGUUGACGUGUGAUUCUUGAGCUUCAAUCAUGUUGUGUGGACGAGUAGGCAUAUACAUUGCCGUCUUCUGUAUUUUUAUUUCUGCUGACACAUCUACCUGUAGUCAUUUUGCUGACAAUAAUGGUUUUGAGCUAGUGUCAGAGUUUAAAGAAGCUACACAGAGUUCCAAUCAUGGGCCGGGUGUUGCUGACAGGGCAGUUGACGGAGGAAGAAAUGGAAAUUAUUUUGCCCACUCUUGUACUCACACCGCUGGUGGAUUGAACAACCCAUGGUGGUAUGUUGAUCUUGGAGCAUCGACAGUCGUUUCAAAGAUAGUUAUAUAUAACAGAGAUGAAUGUUGUGGAGAAAGGUUGACCGGAGCUGUUGUUAGUGUAGGCAAUGACAAAACUUCACCUUUUACUGGAAAUACGCAAUGUGGACCUACAGUUACACAAACAAUGACAUAUAGACGCCCUAUAAUAAUGAGAUGCAAUCCACCUAUUGCAGGACAAUAUGUCAGUGUAUAUUUACAUGGAAGUGAACCUCUUUCUCUUUGUGAAGUGGAAGUAUAUAAAGAUAUAAGUAAUCCUGUACUGAAAUGCCCUGAAGAUAUUGUCGUAAGUGCUAGUCUUAACCAGUCAAUUAUUCCAGUUACAUGGAGUAACCCUACUGUGAUGGACAAUAUCGAUUCUGGUCUAAUGGCUAUCUGCACUCCAGCCUCUGGUUCCUUAUUUGAAAUUGGGUUUACUAAGGUGAAUUGUUCUGCAACCGAUGUAUCUGAAAAUGCUGGACACUGCUCAUUUGUUGUUAAUGUUGCAGAUGAUGAGGAGCCAACCCUCGAGUGUCCUCAGCAUAUUAUAGUAAACAAUUCUGUUGAUCAGUCUGAGAAACCAGUAACUUGGAAGGAACCGACAGUGACUGACAAUGUACAUAUCGGUAUGUCAGCAAGUUGUACACCAGCAUCUGGAUCCGUCUUUGAUGUUGGUUCAACUAUCGUCACCUGUUCUGCUACUGAUGGUGCUAGUAACGAAGGAAGCUGUUCAUUUGUUGUCCAUGUCGAAGGACAGGAAUUUCCUUCAUAUUUAGAUGAGGAGGAGCCUGUCAUCUUGUGUCCUGCAAAUAUUUUGGUGAACAGUGGUGUCGACCAGUCGUCGAAUCCAGUAACUUGGAGUGAACCUACAGUGACUGAUAAUGUAAUUACCGGUUUAUCAGCAACAUGUACACCAGAAUCUGGAUCUGUCUUCGAUGUUGGUUCAACUAUCGUAACCUGUUCUGCUACUGAUGGUGCUGGUAAUGAAGGAAGCUGUUUGUUUGUUGUCCAUGUUACAGGACAAAUAAACACUGCAGCAAAAAUCCAUAGUGGAAAUAAAACUGAUAAUAGUGGCUACUUGAUAGCAGUUGUUAUUCUUGGUGUGAUGCUUUUAGUUUUGACGUCAACGUUCGUCAUCGUAUGCAGAUAUUAUAAACGUAUGUGUAUAAGAGACAGGGAUAAACAUCAGUACUCGUUCAUCGCUUUUGACGUGGUCGAAUUUUAUCCAUCUAUUUCUAUGAAUCUACUGAAUGAUGCAUUAGACUUUGCAUCCCGGCACGAUAAUAUCACCGAAGAAGAACGUGAAAUAAUUUUUCCAUACUAA